CCGCGGGGUGGCGCAUGCAGCGCCAGGUGACAGAAAGAGAGCAGCAGUGGCCGCAGUACCAGCAACAGCAGCAUCGCCAUUCCCCGCCACACCACGCCACACACGGACCAUGGAGGACUGCAGGCGUUUACGGGUGUCGCUGUUCUUGCUGAGGCUGGUGGGAGGCUUUCCAUACCAGCGAAGGAAGACCAAUGAGUACAUGAAGACAGUCACUCAGGUGUACACUCAAAUGUACGUGUCAGAGGCAGGACAGCGACGAGCCUCGGCGGAAAGGCCGCCUCGCUACCAUGCCAGAACCGGCUGGCGGGUGUGGGCGUGGUGUUUGGGGAUCAUCUUGGUGUGCUAUGUGACGUUAGUAGUGUUUGAAGUUCCAAGAGUAGGCACCCGCUACAGUGCCUGGCCCGCGACACUGAUGGUGGCUAACAAAGUGCGUGAAAUGAUCACCAGUCUGACGGUGCUGGUGACAGAAGUGUAUCUGCUGGCCAGCUCCUCCAGGGCGGUGGAGACAACGAACCAGUACCUGGACCUGCUGCCCGCCUCUGGGCGCCGCCCUGCCACGCUCACAACAGACUUGUGUGUGGCGGUGAGCGGCCUGCUGUUUCUGGGAGGGAAUUGCAUCGUCCUCGCCUCCUACGUGUACUACCUCUCCUAUAACGGUAUUUGUGGAUACAUUUUCUACGUGAUCACUCAGUACGUGGAGACCAUUCUGUACCUCCUCAUCAACUGCUUUGUGAUAGCCUACCUAUACACGGUGAUUCUACUUUUCUGCACCAUGUUCGAGAAAAUGAAGAGGCAGCUGGUGGAGGCGUGUUCAAAAUGGGACAUUAGCGAGGACGUCAACCUUCGUAGGAUUAUUUCGCAAAUGUACGCAUGUGAGGCGAGCGUCCAGCCUCCAGACACAGAUACAGACGUGGUCACGCACAGGCGAGUGAACAGCAAAGCAAACAAGGGAAGCGAAGACUUGGCAAGGGUGGCCAAGGACUGCCGACGAACUCUCACACAGCUGCACCUCCUCCACUACUCCCUGAACCGCUACCUGGGCCUGCCCAUCACGCUCAUCAUGCUCACCUCCGUCGUGUACAGCAUCCUGGCCUGCUUUUACCUAUCCUAUAUGUUCUUUAUGACCAAUGCAAUGCGAGUCAUGUCAGUGUCCUACUUCAUGAUUGGCGUCCUGCCUCAGAUCCUCCUCUCCAACCUACCAGUCCUCCUGCAGACACAGGAGGACGAGUUGAGGCUUCUGAUUCGCUCUUUGCUUCGCCAAGAGGACAAUGACACGACCAAGAACGAGGUAAGCUAA